ACAAUCAAAAUAUAACUCAAGCGAUGACAAAGUCUAUUUUGAGGUAAAAUCAGACCCUGUAUGUCGAUGUUAAUAUAAACACCAUAAAUGGCUCUGACCAAACGCAGCUACUGAACUGCGCAUGCGUACAGAGCUUUUCUUGCAGGGUCAUGAACUCUGACCCUCCCAUCAGCUGCAGCAAAUCUUUAAAAUAUUAAUUUAUCAAAAGGCAAUACGUUUGUGACAAAUCAAAUUUUGACAAGCAAAAAAAUGUCAAUAAAAUAAAAUUACCACUGUGUGCGAAUGAAAGGUUCUCAAAGGAGAAACGAGUUAGCUGUAGAACAGGAAGGAAGGCAGAGGGUCCACAGUGAGGAAGCUGCUGUGCUAUCGAGUAGCAAACAGCUAAUUUAGCUCGUUAGCUGUGUCGUCCAUAGUCCAGUGAAAUAUUGACUGGUGUGGUUGCCUCAUGGGGCACUGAUGUGAAGGACUGUUAAAGAAGGCGUCUGCAGUAUUAGAAUGGAUGGGCAGUCUCAAAGGAUUCAGCUUGUCUCAGCAGAUGACAGCAUGGCUUUAGGACAUCGAAUCCAGAUUGUAACUGAUCAGCAGACUGGACAGAAGAUCCAGAUUGUCACAGCACUUGAGCCGUCCUCUCCUGGAAAGCAGCAGUUCAUUUUAGCAAAUGCCGACUAUUCGCCCAGUGGAAAGGUAAUUCUGGCCAAGCAGGAAGGCUCCCCAAACAAAGUCAUUCUUGCUGCUUCAGACGGAUCUGGGGUUAACCAGCUGCUGUUUACUUCUCCUGAACUGGCUGGACAGCAGAUUCAGUUUGUGACUGAUGGCUCAGAUCAGUCUUCUAUCAAAUCUAUUAUAGAGUACUGCGUAGUCUGUGGAGAUAAAGCCUCAGGGCGCCAUUAUGGAGCGGUCAGCUGUGAGGGUUGUAAAGGUUUCUUCAAACGCAGCAUAAGGAAGAACCUGGUGUACACGUGCAGGGGCUCAGGAGAUUGUUCCAUUAACAAGCUACACAGGAACCGCUGCCAGUACUGCCGGCUGCAGCGCUGUAAAGCUCUGGGCAUGAAACAGGACUCUGUGCAGUGUGAAAGAAAGCCUGUCGAAGUUUCACCCAGAGAAAGACCUACAAAUUGUGCAGCAUCCACAGAAAAGAUCUACAUUCGAAAGAACCUUUGUAGCCCACUGGCUGCCACACCAACUUUUGUAUCCGACAAGGAAACUGCACGGUCUACAAGCUUGCUAGAGUCCAGCAUGUUGCUCAACAUCCAGCAGCCCUUCCCCAAGCUGGAAAACAACAUUUUGAUUCCAACUUCCCCUGACAAGGAUGACCUAUCUCAAGGAGAUCUUGGUACCCUGGCAAACGUGGUUACGUCUCUUGCCCACCUCAACAAAACCAGAGAACUGAGUGACAGUGGGAAUGAUGUGAUGGGAGCUGAAACACUUAGCAAUGGUGACAGCUCAAUGACAGACAUUCAAGGCGACGAUCAGACUGCAAAUGAUAUCACAAGAGCUUUUGACACGUUGGCCAAAGUUCUCCACCCUGGUGACGGCUCAGCGGAGUCGUUGGAAACAACAAUGCACCUGAUGUCGGCAGACCAGUCGGGUCCUUUGGUGGAGCUGGACGGACCUUUGCUCUCGGACGGCCAUAUUCCUUUCAAACUUAUGAUGCCUUUGCCUGUGCCAGAGUACCUCAAUGUCAACUAUAUUUGUGAGUCGGCGUCCCGGCUACUUUUUCUCUCAAUGCACUGGGCGCGCUCCAUACCUGCCUUUCAAACCCUUAGUGGUCAAGAUAAUGACAUUAACCUGAUGAAAGCCUGUUGGAAUGAACUCUUUGCCCUGGGUCUGGCGCAGUGUUCUAAUGUUAUGAAUGUUAGUACCAUCCUAAGUGCUAUUAUCAACCAUCUGCAGACCAGCUUACAGGAAGACAAGUUGUCUCCAGAGAGAGGAAAACUAGUAAUGGAGCACAUAUGGAGGAUGCAGGAGUUCUGUAACAGCAUGUCCAAACUGUCCCCAGACUCUUAUGAAUAUGCCUACCUCAAAGCCAUUGUGCUUUUUAGUCCGGAUCACCCGGGCGUAGAGAAUAUCCCCCAGAUUGAGAGUUUCCAGGAAAAAGCCUACAUGGAGCUGCAGGACUACGUUACAAGGACGUACCCAGAAGAUUCUUAUCGGUUAUCCAAGCUGUUGCUGCGUCUUCCGGCCCUCAGGCUAAUAAGUGCAGCUGUCACGGAGGAGCUGUUUUUCGCUGGGCUCAUUGGCAACGUGCAGAUUGACAGCAUCAUCCCUUAUAUCCUCAAAAUGGAAUCCACUGACUAUAACAGCCAAGGAGUUUCUGGCAUCUGACAAACUGAGCCAUUUGUCAAAAGCACUAUUGGAUUGUAAAAGCUCGACGGUUAACUGUUCGGAGAACCCAUCAAACCAGUUUGCGAAUGGUUAUAACACACAAUGACUCAUUGUCCUUUCUGGAUUUCUGUUUUCCCCAACAUCUGACUUUCCUGUAACUAAAAUAUAGAGCUCAGCUCAUGAAGGACAAACCAGAUCAACACAAUCCGGAGUCAGUCCUUGAAACCUGCAAAGCAGAUUUUUUUAGCUUUUUAUUGAAUAGUAUGCGUCAUAGCCAUCAAGCAUUUUCUUUUUCCUAAGAUGUUUGUACUUUGAAUGAAGCAGCAUGUUUAUUUUUUAUCAGCUUCUCCUAAAUGGCAAGGCUUUUUUAUUUUAAAGUAACCAUGAGGGGGGGGAUAUGAAUUGAUUUGUGAGACGUUAUCACUUGAAUUUCUUAUUUGUUUUGUCAGUCCAAAGGAUUGACAGCAUUACUUGUCAAAUAUUUGGCAUCAUGGUUCUGAAUGACCUGUAUAUAUAUAUUUGUAUAUAAAAUACAACAAGAAGGUUAUAAAAAAAACAGCAUCUGGUAAUUUGUGGAUUACAUCGUUUUGGAUAAUGUGACUGGAAAAAGAUGAUCAUGUCAUUUGAAAAUAAAUAAUAUUUCAGUGA